AUGUUCUCCAACUGGUAUGUGACUGCUUUGUUGGUUGUUGCUCAGGCAAGUAUCAUCCAUUGCCAAAACAGCCAGGCUUCGGUCACCAUCGCCAAUGGCACUAUAGUGGGCAGCCACGAUAGUACGAACAAGAUUGACAAGUUUUUGGGCAUUCCGUACGCCGAGCCACCAGUAGGCAAUCUGAGACUACGCCAGGCUGUGCCCCUUCAGCAGUCCUUUGGAACAAUCCAAGCCACGGCAUUUGGCGAAUCAUGUUAUGGAUCCAGAAACCCAACCAACUCGAGUGAAGACUGCUUGACCUUGAACAUAUGGCGCCCUUCCAGCAUUUCCCAGAACGAGACUCUUCCGGUUCUCGUUUGGAUAUAUGGUGGCGGUUUCACGAAUGGCUACACGGCAGAUCCAAGGUUUGAAGGAACAGAUCUAGUGCGCAUAUCAUCAGAGAUACAAAAACCAGUAAUUCUGCUAUCUUUGAAUUACCGCCUUGGUCCAUUUGGGUUCCUCAAUGGUCUGGAAAUGUCCGACCUUGGCCUCCUCAACAUUGGGUUGCUCGAUCAAAGACUAGCACUGCAUUGGAUCCAGGAAAAUAUCGCUGCUUUUGGAGGUGACCCGACCAAAGUCACAUUGGCGGGUGAAUCUGCUGGUGCAGUAUCCAUCUAUUCACACAUGAUGGCCUAUGGCGGAAGAAAUGAUAGUCUAUUCCGAGGUGGUAUACUCGAAAGUGGAGGGGCGUUUCCCCUGACACUACCAAACACAACCGCCUUUCAGAGCACCUUUGACAGUCUGAUCACGAAUACUACUUGUGUGCAGUUUGCCGCGUCGUCUUCUGAAGAGAAGCUGGAUUGCAUCCGCCAACUCCCUGUCGAGGAAUUCAGGAGCAAAGUAGGCUCGUCUACUGGCCAAUCGAUUGAUGGAGACUUUACCAGAACCUCUUUGCGAUUUGCUUUGCCCGACGGUAGUUAUCUUGGGGUUCCGACCAUAGUUGGAACAAACACGGACGAAGGGACAACAUCUGCGCCAACGAAUAUCAACACCACAGAUCAGCUUUUUGAGCCUCUAGCUGAUGGAUAUUUCCGACCUCAGCGGUUGCCCAACGACGUUGUGUCCACGCUCUUGUCCCUGUACCCAACAGACCCAGCAUUGGGCUGCCCGUACAAUACGGGAGACGUCCAACUUUCAUCAGGCAAGCUCGACAAGAUGGCUUGUUCCAUCUUUGGAGACCUGGUGCAGAUUGGACCUGCACGCUUCAUUGCGCAAACGCUGGCGCAGCAUGGACACCCUGUAUAUAGAUACAGAUUCAAUCAACUACCCGCCAACGCCACGGAUGUAGCCGAAGGAAUAACGACUGGACUAGAGCAAAGCUACGUAUUCUCCAACCUCUUGCCCGACAAUGCCUGGGAUCGUGCUCUGGCCUAUCGAAUGAGUGCGGCUUGGGCAAGCUUUGCACACGGCCUGGACCCAAAUUGGUCAAAUGAUGGUAGCUUUCCGGCUUGGCCGCAAUACGCGAGCCAGAACCAGAGCAUGGUCUUCAACGGCUAUGGGUCCUCGAUUGAGGAAGAUACGUAUCGUGGUAGUCAGAUAGAAUACAUAAUCAGCACGGUCCUGCCUGAUGGAGCCGCAUGA